CAGGAGUGGUGGAAUGGGGUUGGGAAGCUGACGUUGGGCUGAUGGGGGCUGAGAGCAAGCGAGAGCCGCAGGACGGCGGUGGGGAAGAAAUGACCCCUUUGCCUUUCCCUCUCCGGCGAACGCAGCCGUGGUUCUUCCAAAUUACACGUUGCCUUUCCGAGCGAGCUCUGCUCCCCUCUGCUGCUCAGCCUCUCAGUGUGGUAGGGCAGGGAGGGGUCUGUGUCUGGUGGGGACCCCGAGGAUCACAAACACCAUGGGACUGACGUGUCCCCCCAGGUGUGCGACGGACCACAACUCGGACAACACGACGGCGAUGCUGCAGGAAUGGCUGCAGGCAGUGGGCAGCAAUUAUCACUCGGUGGCAUGGAAGGCAGAAGAGGGGCCCAGUGCUUACCCCGACGAGCUCGGCCCCAAGCACUGGAGUGACAAACGCUAUGAAAACCUGAUGAGGCUGAAGCAGGAGGCUCUGAGCUACGCCCGGGGGCUGCGGGCGGAUUACAUCCUGUUUGUGGACACGGACAGCAUCCUGACCAACAACCAGACCCUCACCUUCCUCAUGGCGCAGAACAAGUCGGUGGUGGCCCCAAUGUUGGACUCGCAGACUUUCUACUCCAACUUCUGGUGCGGGAUAACGCCCCAGGGGUUCUAUCGUCGCACGGCUGACUAUUUCCCCACCAAGAACCGGCAGCGCCGGGGCUGCUUCGCCGUGCCCAUGGUGUACGCCACCUUCCUGAUCGACCUGCAGAAGGAGGAGACAGCACAGCUGGCCUUCUACCCACCCCAUCCCAACUACACCUGGGCUUUCGAUGACAUCAUUGUCUUUGCCUACUCCUGCCAGGAGGCCGGUGCUGAGGUCCAUGUGUGCAACCAGCAGCGCUUUGGCUACAUCAACGUCCCUGUGAAGGCCCACCAGACGCUGGAGGAUGAGCGUGUCAACUUUGUGCAUCUCACGCUGGAGGCCAUGGUGGAUGGUCCCUCCAUGCAGCGCUCCAGGCACAUCUCCGUCCCACCCAAAUCACUCACUAAAUUGGGCUUUGAUGAAAUCUUCCUCAUCAACCUUGUGAGGCGGCCAGACCGGCGCCAGCGGAUGCUGGAGUCCCUGCAGGAACUGGAGAUCGCUGUGCGGGUGGUGGACGCGGUGGAUGGGAGCACCCUCAACAGCAGUGACAUCAAGGUGCUGGGAGUGGACCUGCUCCCAGGGUACUAUGACCCCUUCUCUGGCCGCACGCUCACCAAGGGGGAGGUUGGAUGCUUCCUGAGCCACUACAACAUCUGGAAGGAGAUCGUGUCCCGGGGGCUGCAGCGGGUGCUGGUCUUUGAGGAUGACGUGCGCUUUGAGGUGUCCUUCCCAGCCCGGCUGCAGCGGCUGAUGGAGGAACUGGAGGGGGCACGACACGACUGGGACCUUGUCUACCUGGGGAGGAAACUGAACGCAGAGGAUGAAGCUCCUGUGGAGGGUGUCCGGAACCUGGUGGUAGCUGGGUAUUCCUACUGGACGCUGGCGUACGCCAUCUCCCUCCGUGGCGCGCAGAAGCUGCUGGCUGCCGAGCCCCUCUCCAAAAUGCUGCCUGUGGAUGAGUUCCUGCCCAUCAUGUACGACAAACACCCCAACGAGGACUACAAGCGGCACUUUGCCCCACGGGACCUGCAAGUGUUUUCGGCUCACCCACUCCUGGUUUAUCCCACCCACUAUGCUGGGGACAGCAACUGGCUGAGCGACACAGAGACCUCCACCAUCUGGGACGAUGACUCCAAACAGACAGGCUGGGUGGGCUCACAGAAGACCCUGAGGGACCUGCGGGAUGGCGGGGGGUAUCUUCGCUCUGCAUCCCACGAUGAGUUCUGAGGGUGCUGGUGCUGGACAUGGACACCCCCUGGGAGCAGCCAGACUCUCCUCACCUACCCAUGGGAAGGCAUCGGUGAGCAGAGGGCUUACUUCUGCCUGGACCACUAGCAGGGAUGCUCACUGCUUUUCUACAUAGGGACCAGGCAUCGUGACCCAGGGGGGAGCAUCGUUGAUUGGGUUCUCCCCCUGCCAUGCUCCAAAGUGGGAUUUGUCCCUGGAGCUGUUGGCAAAAUGGUGCCUAGACAGACAGAGGGGCUGCCAGACUGUGGUGUUCGGCUCUGUACUCUCCUGAGUAGUGCAAAUUAUUUUUUGGAUGUCGCAUGUGGAUUUGCUGGUUCAGGAGGAGGGGGGAAGGCCCUGGAAGUGCACAUGUGGCCUCCUGCCACCCCUGCCUGUUCCAUAUCUGGGCUGAAGCCCAGGAGGAUUAAAACCAACUGUGUUGGAGCUGA